CCGCUCUUGCUGUCAAAGUUUGCCCAUCACUACAACGGAACCACCUUUCAAAAAUUGACCACGACCACAAUUUGUUUUUAGCCGAAAAUUCAUCUAAUUUUCAAUCGUAUUUUACUAUUUAAAAUGGUACUUUUAACUAACGAGGAGUUCCUUUCGCAGCUCACCCUGUUAGCACAAUCAGCCAGAAAAGACUCCUCAUUCACAGUCACAAUAAAACGAUAUGAUGGUCAUGAUCGGCCAAAGCCGCGGGAAGGUAAACCACCCCUACCGACACCUGCCGAGUAUAGCUGCCUGAUCCGGGCACGGUCCCGCUCAACGAAGCUCUCGACCGUGGUGAAGCGGGACGAGGUGGCAAAGUUCAUGGAAUCAUACUCGAAGGUGUUAAAAUCCAGCAUGGACGGAUUGAAAAAAGUCAAGAAGGUGAAAAACAAAGCUAAGGUGGCCCAGGGAUAGUGGUGCAGCAUAUCGGUUGCGGAGUGAAAGAAGGAAACAUGUCUUUAAGGUGUUCGCUAGUUUAUCCAUGUGGACGGUGCAAUGCGGGGUAGCACGCUGGAAUCAUAAGUGCAUUUUCUUUAUUCGUUUAAUUGAACAUUCUUUAAUCGCCCCCCACCCGGGUUCUACCUUCGCGCGGCGGUUUUCGUUACAAAAUAAAAACACCGAACUGUGUGUUUUUUUCAGUGCCGACCGGGACCGCCUGUUCAGCAAGUCGGAAAGUACACAACCGACAAUGACACUGUAAUUUUGCUGUAGAAUUAAGCGUGUAAUGAAUUUAAUAUAAAAAAGAAGGUGAAAUCAA